AUGAGUUUCGCAGAGUCCGAGGGGCCUCCGGCCAAGAAGAGGAGGUUCUUCACAGAAAAAUCGGAUAUCCUCGACACUUCACUGGCACAGGAGCCUUCACUCCCGGACGAACUCGACGCGUUCCCUUCAUUAGCAGCAGCCCCGGACGAGGGUCAUGGAUCACAUCACCCAACCGACUCGGACGAGGUAGUUACCCAAGAUGGACACGCCGCUCCUGUUGGAUCCCAGGUGCCUCUUGGUUUCGACCAGGAAAUGUUCGAGAGCUUUGUUGGGGACAAAGUGCCACCGGAUGUAAUGAAGCGGCUGAGGGAAGCUUCUGGGGACAAUAUGGAGAGGGCUGUCAACAUGUUUUUCGACGGAUCGUGGAAGACUGCAUCAUCGACAUCUUCUUCAGCGCGAUGUUCAAAUUCUCGGGCUAUGACCAUCAAUGCUUUUGCAAGGUCUGAAUCCAAUGGUGAUCAUGGAAAGCCGAGAACGCCACCCAAAUCCGACAUUCCUACCCCGAAGCAAUCGCUAAGAAACUCAAUGCCCGAAUUCCGAUAUGUUGGGGCAUUUGGAGUUGGAGCAUGGGCAACGAGAAGUGGCAAUACUUUGAUCAAGCACGGGGAGCCUGUUCGAAUCGAGAGGCAGAGGAUACAACCACCCAAACCCCCAAUUGGGAUGGCCAAAGGUCGACCUGCGGUACAAGUGCCUCCGAAGCCUAACACCGCCGCAGCAAAGCGUGUUGAUGUUAUUGUUCGAUUCACGAACUCGAGAGGCGAGGAGGUUGGACGGCUUCCUAGGGAAUGUGCCAAUUGGGUUUCUACCUUGAUGGACCAAAAGGUAUGCAAGUUUGAAGGGACUUGCGUGUAUGCACCUGAUAGAGUCAGGACGAACGACACAAUUUUCCUCCAACUACGGUGUUCAUUGCUCAGAACAGCUUUCGACAAUGCCGGAUUUAAGGUGGCAGAGAAUCGUACAACUGGUCUUUUUGAGGAAAAGGAGACCUCGGAAGAGAAAGAGCUACGGCUGAGACAAGUCGCUCUAGUAAAGCUAUUUGAGGAGGUCAACCUCUUGCCAUCGACGACAUCUGAGACCACCGAAAAGCAUAAGCGCGAGGGACUACUUCAAGCUGCAGAGAUAGCAGAGCAAUUCGAGAAUCAGAAGCCCAAGAAGGGAGAUGCCUCGGAAAGUGGAGGGCCUUCACCUCCAUCUGAGGAGGCAGAAGACGGAAAGGAGCUGGAGCAAGACCAGCUCGAUGCACUUUACAAAAAGGCGCAGUCAUUUGAUUUUAAUGCUCCAGCUGCUGAACCCGCUGACACUUUUGCAAUGAACCUUCGUCAUUACCAGAAGCAAGCCCUGCAUUGGAUGAUGUCGAAAGAAAAGGAUGAGAAGGACGGGAAUAGAGAGGUGUCUAUGCAUCCUCUGUGGGAAGAGUAUUUUUGGCCAGUCAAGGAUAUGGAUGAUAAAAAACUGCCUCAAGUCCUUAACCAGGACAGGUUCUAUGUCAACCCUUACUCCGGCGAGCUUUCCCUCGAUUUCCCUAUCCAGGAACAAAACUGUCUGGGAGGGAUUCUUGCGGAUGAAAUGGGGCUCGGAAAGACUAUUGAGAUGAUGAGCCUGGUCCAUUCUCACAAGUCCGAAGUGGCGAUGAGACUUGAACAGUCGAAUUCGGCUCCAACGUCCGUUAACAGCCUUCCCCGACUACCUGCAAACUCAUCCGCGGUCGAAUGGGCUCCAUGUACUACACUCGUUGUUGCACCUAUGUCUCUACUGGCUCAAUGGCAAAGUGAGGCUGAAAAUGCUUCCAAGGAAGGGACGUUGAAAAGCAUGGUGUACUAUGGCAGUGAGAAGACUGCAAAUCUGCAAGCGUUAUGCUGUGAAGCGAAUGCGGCGUCUGCUCCCAACGUCAUCAUUACAAGCUACGGGGUUGUACUCUCGGAGUUCAAUCAGGUGGCUGCAAGAAACGGAGACCGUGGAAGCCAUGGGGGUUUAUUCUCGCUCAAGUACUUCCGUGUUAUUCUUGACGAAGCUCACCACAUCAAAAACCGACAAAGCAAAACUGCUAAAGCCUGCUAUGAGAUUGAUGCGGAGCAUAGAUGGGUUUUGACAGGUACACCUAUCGUCAAUCGAUUGGAGGAUCUCUUCAGCCUGGUCCGUUUCUUGAGGGUGGAGCCUUGGAGCAAUUUCUCCUUCUGGAAGACUUUCAUUACGGUCCCAUUCGAGUCAAAAGACUUUAUGCGAGCUCUUGACGUCGUUCAGACUGUCCUUGAGCCUCUCGUACUGCGUCGGACAAAAGAUAUGAAGACACCCACUGGCGAAGCGCUCGUCCCUCUCCCUCCGAAGACCAUCGAUAUUGUGGAUAUCGAGCUCUCUAAAGCGGAACGAGAAGUCUACGACCAUAUAUUUACUAGAGCGAAGCGUACCUUUGCGGCCAACGUUGAAGCAGGCACGGUCAUGAAAGCAUAUACAAGCAUCUUUGCUCAGAUUCUUCGCCUUCGUCAGUCAUGCUGUCAUCCGAUCCUGACGAGGAAUCAAACCCUCGUUACUGAUGAAGAAGAGGCUGCGGAGCUGGCUGAUGCCGCCACCGGGCUAGCAGAUGACAUGGAUCUUCAAUCUUUGAUCGAGCGCUUCACGGCCGAGACAGAUGAUUCUGCGGAUGCGAAUGCCUUUGGUGCCCAUGUUCUUGCCCAAAUCCGAGAUGAAGCAGACAAUGAAUGCCCCAUCUGUUCUGAGGAGCCUAUGAUCGAGCAGACGGUUACUGGGUGUUGGCAUUCAGCAUGCAAGAAAUGUCUGCUAGAUUACAUUACUCACCAGACUGACAAAGGCGAAGUUCCACGCUGCUUUAGUUGUCGAGAAGUCCUCAAUACCCGCGACGUUUUCGAGGUCGUUAAGGAUGAUGGCCACCCAGAUAGUUUUGAUGCAAAACCAAAAAUCAGCCUGCAGAGAUUAGGCUCUAAUUCUUCUGCCAAGAUUGGUGCAUUAUUGACACAUCUCAAGACGCUGAGGAAGGAGCUUCCAGGCACGAAAUCAGUUGUCUUUAGCCAGUUCACCUCAUUCCUCUCCCUUAUCGAACCGGCACUCACUCGAGCAUCGAUUCCGUUCCUUCGACUUGAUGGCUCAAUGUCACAGCAAAAUCGGGCUGCUGUUCUCAAACAGUUUGCUGCAAGUAAGAAGGGUGUUGUUCUACUCUUGAGUCUAAGAGCUGGUGGUGUUGGACUCAACUUGACAAUGGCGAAGAGAGUAUAUAUGAUGGAUCCGUGGUGGAGCUUCGCGGUUGAGGCACAGGCUAUUGAUCGUGUCCAUCGCAUGGGCCAGGAAGACGAGGUCAAGGUUUGCAGAUUCAUCGUGAAGGAGAGUGUGGAACAGAGGAUGUUGAAGAUCCAGGACAGGAAGAAAUUCAUUGCAAGCUCACUUGGGAUGAUGAGCGAUGAGGAAAAGAAACUGCAGCGAAUUGAGGACAUCAAGGAGCUAUUGACCUGA